UGGGCGUCGCAGAUAAGCAGCGGGAGUGACGGAAAGUGAGAGUGAAAAGGCGCCGCUCGUGUCGCGCUCACAAAUCUUCUCGGAAAACUUCGAUCAAGAUGCCCUCCAACGUAAACCUACAAGGUGGAAAGGCGUUUGGAGCGCUGAAAACUCAGCAACAGGAGAAGCUCGAAGAAGUAAACCGAGAGUUCCUCCAAGAUCAGAAGUUUGCAGAUGAGGAGGACCUGGCAGAAAAACUGGAAUCCUUCAAAAGUAAAUACAUGGAGUUUGACCUCAAUGAUCAAGGAGAGAUUGACAUGAUGGCUUUGAAAAGGAUGAUGGAAAAGCUGGGGGUCCCAAAGACCCACCUGGAAAUGAAGAAGAUGAUCUCCGAGGUGACUGGGGGGAUCAGCGACACCAUCUGCUACAGAGACUUUGUGAAGAUGAUGCUCGGCAAGCGUUCGGCUGUCUUGAAACUGGUCAUGAUGUUCGAAGACAAAGCAAAUGGAAGCAGCAUCAAACCAACAGGUCCUCCUCCUAAAAGGGACAUCGCAAGCCUUCCAUAGGCAGACAUCAAGAGCCGCAACUUUAGGGAAACAGGGACCAAGCUUUACUCUGUCCUGUGCAUUGUCAUUCUCUAGGCUUAUACAGUACUCAGUGUGCAGCCAUCUUUUUAACUAAAGAUGUGUUAAAGAUGGCAAGGACUCCAUCAUCAGGAGCCUGCUGCUGCUAUGCAAAAAGAAAAAGUCUGAAAACAAGUAUCAAUAGCUGAAUAGCAUUCUCUACAGAAAUAUUAAACAAAUGCGUGUGUGCGUGCGUGUGUGUAUAUACAUAUACAGUAUAUAAGUUCAUACAGUAUGUGUAUGUAUGUAUGUAUGUAAAGCAUAUACUUUGUUUAGUAGAUCAGUACAGACAGAGGGCCUCCUAGGGGUUCUUCACUGCUGAAUAAACUGCCAAGGAGAACUAAACAAACAUCAAAAAAAAAAUUAAAGCAGAAGGGAUGAUUAUAGGGAGAAAUACAAAAGUGGUGUACUGAAAAUGGAUGCAACAAAGGCCCCUGGCUGGGUGAGGUGGCUCACCUGCUUGCCCGCUCUUCAAACAUCAGAACACAACUCUCCCUUUACCCAUCUAGUUUCGCUCUCUUAAAUCCUCUAUCAAUUUAAUAUUUUCAUCUGCUAAACCUCGCAACUACAAACUCAAAAGACUUUCAAAUCCCAUACCGCAGUUAUUUCUGCAGCCAACAAUGGAAUUUCUCUGGCAUUCAGAAUUCAGUGGCUGCCAGGUCAGAGAGGCUUCGAGGUCAUUAAACCUCGGAGUUUCUUUCAUUUUCUUAAAGGGACAAGUAUCUUUUAAGAACUUCUGGGCAUCCUUGCUUUUUGUAAUUAACUACAGUGUCCUACCAACUCUCCAUGUGCUGGCUUUUCUGCACAGUCUCUUCUAAGACCCUGCUCCUGCCCAUUGUCCAUCUAAUGCCAUUGCUACCUUGGCACAUAUAGCCGUUCUUGAAUCCAUUUUGAGGUUCUGCUUUGAUUGCAUGUGUGUGUAUGCCUUUGGUUGUGUGGAACUGUUUUUAAAAAUGCAGAUGCUCACCUGAAAUGUUCUUACCUGUAGUGGUGAGAUGAUCUAUGCCAGCAUCACCAUCCUCUCCUCUCUUCCCACUCUCCAUAUUCCCAGUCUCUGAACUCCUUUGAUUUCUUAAAGGGACAGGAUAUGAGGCCCCCUCGCCACACUGAGUCUCAGUUUGAAGCCAUCUGUAAGGAAAUGUAGAGCACCUUUAGAGGGUAUUCGGACCCGUCACUUUUCACACAUGUUGCUAUGAUGCAGCCUUGUGCCCGAAU